AUGGCAGAAAUAUCGUAUUCACUCCCAGAUCGCAUUCAAGACUCGGCAGAGGACAAGCCUGUCCCCGGAAAGACGCUGUCUACAGUCGGCACAAUGGCCGUCCCAGAUAUUGUAUUUGGAGCUGCAACGCUCUCCACGCUUUACAACACGGCCGAGUGGCUGGCAAGCGACGUCCCGUACAGAACCCUCCGGCUUGCGCUUCGAUACGGAAUCAGAUUCAUUGACACGUCUCCUCACUACCAAGAGUCCGAAUCCGUCCUCGGCGUCUGUUUACAGAGACUCGCCUCGGAAUUCCCAAGAGACUCUUAUCGUCUCAUGUCGAAAUGUGGAAGAGAAGGUUCUAACUUCGAUUACAAGCCAGAGAGUAUCCGUGCGUCUGUGAUGCGCUCACUCGCUCGUCUGCAGACUUCGUACCUUGACGUCGUGCUCUUACAUGACGUCGAGUUUGUGGCAUCACCCGUUUGGCCUAUACCUUACUGUGGUGACCAUGAACGCGCUCUUAGUGACCCCAGAGUGGGUGCCGAAUGGGGACUAGACUUUACCAAGCCCGCUAGACCUUGGGGGAGUGGUGAUGACAGCAUCCUUGCCGCCAUACAUGAACUUCAAAAGAUGAACGAAGAGGGCCUGGUGAGAGCUGUGGGAUUCAGUGGAUACACGUUGCCAACCCUCUUACGGCUCAGCCGACUCAUCGCACAAACACCCUAUUUACGACCGCUCGACUGUGUCCUAUCUUUCUGCCACAGUACACUCCAGAACAACAGACUCGAACUCUACAUCGGUCCAAUCCUCCAACACGGCCGCGUCAAGCAAAUCUUUACUGCGUCGCCACUCUCCAUGGGUCUCCUCGGACCAUCUCGACCAGCCUGGCACCCUGCCCCAGUAGACAUGAUCGAAGCCUCUCGCGUUGCACAAACUAGCGUACUAGGUGGCUGGUCAGGUGGUCUUCCCAACCUUGCGCUAGGCUUUACCAUGCGUCGACCAAAGUCGCACGCAGAGACGAGCCCCUACAACGACGUACCAACCGUGAUUGGACUCAGCACUCCGCAAGAAGUGCACGAGGCAGUGGCCGUAUGGCGCGAGAUUUCGAUACCGGGCAUCAAGACGGUGAGGGAAAGUAAAGAGCAUGUCGUGAGGAGUAUAUUCCAGGCAGCUGGGUGGCUUAAUUGGAGUUGGAGUACGCCUGCUAAUGCGGAUUUUGACAAGCUGGCUGUUGACCAGCUUGGCCGACGUGUGAGGCCUUCGCCAAAGCCAUAA